AUCCUAAUGUAGCAGUGGGAAAACUAUCGUCCCAGUCGAGUACAUUUGAAGAAAAGGGGGAAUCAAGGAAGGCCAUUGAUGGAUCCCUUGCAAAUAACUACACAAAUGGAGACUGUACUAUGACAAAGAAGGAUUUUGAGCCCUGGUGGAUGGUAGAUUUGAUUUCAGACUUUCAGGUAUCUGCAGUAGUGAUCACAAACAGAGGAGAUUGUUGUGAGUCACGGAUAAAAGGAGCUGAGAUUCUGAUUGGAGAUUUGCCACAGAAGGGAGGCACAAUGAAUCCCAGGUGUGCUACAAUCAACAGCAUCGGACGUGGGGAAACAAUGUCAUUUAACUGUGGAGGCAUGCAAGGACAAUAUGUAACCAUCACAAUCCCUGGGAGAUAUGAAUACCUAACAGUCUGCGAAGUGCAGGUGCUUGCACAUCCCUGGCUUCAUAUAGUUCACGGUGGAGGAAGGAGUCCUGUUCGAGACAGUGACACUGACUCAGGUCUACAAGGCAGAGUUCUGAGUUUUCCCAAUGAAGCAAAAGGCAGUUUUGUGAUCAUAUCCCCAAUGCAGUCUUUGAAUUUGAGGGAAUUCACGCUCUGUAUGAGGAUUGUAGUUGACUAUUUAGAUGAACAUAAAAUAAUUAUCUUCUCCUACCAUUCUCAAAGUGAUGAACUGAGAAUCUUGCGUGAAGCAAUGGGCUAUUUUGGUUUACACAUGGGGGGUAGGAGUGUGAGGUUUGCUCUUCCUGAUCUUAGCACUUUGGGGAGCCACAUCUGUGUCACCUGGGAGUCAGUAUCUGGCCUUACAGCCUUUUGGAUAAAUGGAAAAAGUAGUAUCAGAAAAGUGCAUAAUAAGGGACACAUUCUGCAAGCAGGUGGCACAGCAAUGCUUGGACGGGAUCAAGGUGCACAAAAUAUGUCUGAUCAGCAAAAACCAUAUUUUGUGGGAGAAAUAACAGAUCUAUACAUGUGGGAUUAUAUACUGAAAUCACAUGACAUACAGAAAGUUUCCCAGGCCCAUGAGUUCCCCAGAGGAAACAUUUUUGAUUGGAACAUAUUGUCAUAUAAAAUUAUAGGUAAUGUGAUGGUAUUGCCUAAGAGCUAAUAAAUACUGUCCUACUGCAUUGGACAGCAAGCGAAUAGCAAUAUUGAUAUGAAAUCUAAAAUGUUGAAACAUAACUACUGAGCAUUUUGUUCUUAGUUUGUAACUAUUCUUUGUAACUGUUUAAAUUCCUUGAAUUAACCCAUGAAAAUGUAA